AGCUCCUAAAUCUUCCUGAAAAGUUACCUUGUUGUCUUAUUUCAAGUGUGCUAAGGUAUACUAUUUGCACCAAAAACUAGUCCAAAAACACUUUCUAGGUUUUUGUGUUUUUGCAGUGUACUAAGAAAAUCAAAGGCUAUAUGAACAGCUAAGCUUAAUUUAGUGUAAAGAAAGGUGUUGAUGAAGAUCCUGUGCUGAUAAAGGAUUGUAAUAAUCACUCUGGAGCAUUGUUUGGUUCGACACAUCCCAUUCCCUGGUAAAAGUCUCCUGUCAGCCAUGAGGGAGGUGCAAAAUCGGAUUUUAACCCAUUUCCCCCCCGUCUGUCUCUCCUCCUCAGGAUGAAACAUGAAACCUGGGCCACUUCAGUGGAGUCUGUCCCAUGGGCUCCCACUUCUUCCAGCGCCAAACACCACCGCUCUGCAGAGCCCAGAUCCCAUUCGGCAUUUUUCACCUCCAAACUGAGACCUUGGCAGAACACUGCUUUUUAAAAACAAAUCAUUUCGUCAGCUGACAUUAGAUGUUUUUCUUGGAUGUGCGGGAAGGGGGUGAAAAAAAUGCAAUUCUUCUGCAUCUGAGAAAAAGCAUCUCUCCAUCUGAGACUGUCACUGGACUGGUCGUGGUUAUGCACUGAGCUUUAAGCUGAAAGACUUUUCUUUUCCACUAGCCGAACUUUCCGUAAGAGCGGAGAGGAAAAACCAUAACUUUUUUUGUGUUCCUGCAAAAGACUAAGGAGUAAAAGUUUGGAGAACUGUGCUGAACAUGCGUCCGGUUCUGGUUCUGGUCGGAUUAUUUCUGCUCUCUUCUCCAUCAGCAAGAGGGGAGCCAGAGCUGCUGGAGGAGGAAGAGGAGGAGGAGGAGGAGAGCUCCUGUCACGGCGCCUUUGACCUGUACUUUGUGCUCGAUAAGUCUGGCAGUGUGAUUGGCCACUGGAAUGAAAUCUUUGAAUUCGUGAAGAACUUGGCAGAGAAGUUUAAAAGUCCCAUGCUGAGGAUGUCCUUCAUAACAUUCAGCUCCAGAGCGUCCACCAUCAUGAAGCUAACAGAAAACAGAGUGACUAUCCAAAAGGGCCUGAAUGCUCUGAGGAAAGAGAAACCUGGUGGGGAUACUCUGAUGGACCUGGGGCUGCAGAGUGCAAACGACCAGAUACGCAAGGAAAACUUUGGGACAGCCAGUGUGAUCAUCGCUCUGACAGAUGGUGACCUGCAAGAGCAGCAGCUCUUCGAUGCACAACAGCAGGCAGAGGAAGCCAGACGUCUGGGAGCGAUCGUGUACUGUGUUGGUGUCAAAGACUUUAAUGAAACACAGCUGGCCACCAUUGCGGACACCAUAGAACAUGUGUUUCCUGUGCUAGGAGGGUUCCUUGCCCUUAGGGGUGUCAUCGACUCGAUUAUCAAGAAAUCCUGUAUUGAAAUAUUGGCAGCAGAGCCGUCGAGUGUGUGUGCUGGAGAGACAUUUCAAGCCGUGGUGAGGGGAAACGGAUUCCUCCACGCAAGAAACAUCGACCAGGUGCUCUGCAGCUUCAAAAUCAACGAUACCAUCACAGUCAAUGAAAAGCCUGCUGGUGUAGAAAACACAUUCUUACUGUGUCCAGCUCCUGUCAUCGAUGAGGUUGGAAAGGUGAUUUAUCUCCAAGUGAGCAUGAACGACGGUCUGUCCUUCAUCGGCAGCAACGUCCACAUCACCACCACAGAGUGUUUUGAUGGCACCAUCCUGCUGAUAACGCUGCUGGUUUUGUUCCUCCUGCUGGCCCUUCUCUUCAUGUGGUGGUUCUGGCCUUUGUGCUGCACCGUGGUGAUCAAGGAGCCUCCACCUCCUCCUCCACCAGAGCCUGAGUCAGAUGAUGACGAUGGCCUGCCAAAGAAGAAGUGGCCUACUGUGGAUGCCUCAUAUUACGGAGGAAGGGGAAUCGGUGGAAUCAAGAGGAUGGAGGUACGAUGGGGCGGUAAAGGCUCCACCGAGGAAGGGGCUAAGCUGGAGAAGCCAAAGAACGCGGUAGUGAAGAUGCCGGAGCAGGAAUACGAACCUUAUGAGCCCAAACCCAAGAAAGCUCACAACAAGAAGCCGCCUCAAAACCGCAAGUGGUACACACCCAUCCAGGGUAAACUGGACGCCAUCUGGGCUCUGUUUCGCCGCGGUUAUGACCAGGUUUCCCUGAUGAGACCCCAACCUGGUGAUCAUGGUCGAUGCAUCAACUUUACAAGAGUAAAAGACGAUUCGGCAGCAACCAAGGCCCCACCCCGUCCUCCAAUUCAUGCACCAUCGCCUCCUCCACCAGACUACCGUCCCAUUACCCGCUCCGCCUCCUCGUCUCCUACCUCUUCCAGCCCACCCACCAGAUCACCACCGUCAGGCCAGGUGCCUCCAGGGCCCCCGCCGUCCCGCACGCCUCCAGGGCCGCCCUGUCCUCCACCAGCCCGUCCUCCACCCUCCCUUCAACCCUAAAUCAUGCAGACAAACGUCCUCCGCCCUCCCGCCCUGUCCACUUUGAUAUCACAUUGAUAUUACUACCCGUCUGAGCAUGUAUUUAAUCUUAAAGGAGGUGGUCCUGCUGCCAAGUAUCCUCCUGCCUUCUAGCAAAGAUCAGCUGCAUGCUGAACCUGAGACAUGAGUCUUCCUUCUGUCGUCUGGGAUAGAGUCUCAAGCUAAGCUGCAAGCUCACAAUUAUAUGCUCUUGUGCCUUUACAUGGUUAACUACGGAUUAAGAAUCUGCUUGAGUUGAAUGCUUUCUGUAACUAACGCCAAAGCAAAUGUUGCAUAAAUCGAUGGGCAAAAACAUUUCUUUGAACUGUGGUUUAACUUGACAUUCUAUCUCACACAGAUCAAAUGCCAUUUCUGAGAUCUUGAAAGGAUUGUUGCUGGACAGCAAAGCAAAGAAGAAAGGGAUGUCUAUCAAUGAAAGAUUGAAAGAUAUUUAAAAAUUGUCUAUCUUUAUCAACUACUGAGUUUUGUGGUUUCUGGUUAUUUUUGACACCUUCUCCAUUUCGUAUCUUUGCAGUUUUGAUUAUUUAGUGCCCAUCUUUUUGGGUCUGUCGCAAUAAAUUUUGUACGGUAUAAAACUCAUGGUUUACUAAGCCAAAAUUCAAUUUUUAAGUAUUUUUAAAACAAAAUGAUUGCAUAGACCCUUUGCAACUACGCCACUUGAUUAGUUGAGGUGCCAUGAUGGACGUUGUAGUGACGGACGGGAGUAUUAAACAGAGAAGACUGCCAUUGUUUUCCAAAGUUGUUUUUGCCGGUAUAGCCACAGCUUGCACUCGUUCAAUUCAAACUAAUUUGUCUGUGGACGGAGCUUACCUAGUCGGGGUUCAUAGAUAGUGGAAUUGACAAAAGUUGGAACUAGUUAGCAGGAAUGGAGGGCUCGAGACCGGUCUUGGCCUCAAGCUUUCCCCCCCCCCCGGUGUUGGCCUCGGUCUAUAAUAAAACGUAUGUGAAACAUGCAUAACC